UAAUCACUCCUCAUUUCAAUGCCAAACAAGCCAUGUGAGAUCAAAGUUGCGUGUCCCUCGCUUCAGGAAUCUGUGGAGCUUUCAACCUAAGGUGAAAUGACGUGGACCGCGACUGAACAAUUCAUGUAGCACCAUAGAAACAAGACCAAUGUCAAUAGCACCAAACAUUGAGCUCGAUCCUGGCCGACAUGGACAGCAACAAGGAUGAUGUGGACGUAGAGGGGUUGUUUCCCGUCGUGCUGGACCUGUGGAGCUCAAGUCUACCGAGAGUCUUCCAGCGAAGCGAACUGCGGUUCUUUUGUGGCAUCCACCUUGCGACCUGGGGCGCAUUCCAAGAGGGCUGGUUCCAACAGAAACGUGAAGCCGAUCGUGGCAUUGACUUUGAUCUUGGAUCAAUCCUGAGUGUGGACUGGGUGGACCUGAAAAUGCUGACAAUGAUUAGCACCGUUCUAUUGUCCUUUUACGUCCACCAAUGCUUUCGAAGGUAUCAGCUGAUUUGCACGCUGACAAUGCGCAUGUUCAGCUCUGUACAUGACAUCGCCUUUCAGGCCAGGCUCUUCCUGGACACCAAGAAAUCGCGGCUUUGCAGCCGCUGGGUGACCCUAGCAGCCCUUUUGAGCUUAGCCACAGGCCCUUCGACCAGAGCCUGGCGGAAACUCUUAGCACAUGGCUUGGUGCGGCGAGUGGAAGUGGAGCCACUGCGGCGCAUGGGCGAGGCCCGGGGAUGGCUACUGCUGCAAGAGACUGUGGAGCUUUUGCACCAGGAGGUUAGCGGCAAAGUUCUGAGCGAAAUGAUCUCUCGAAUACUGGCUUUCCGUGAUUGUCAGCAGGUUCCUCAUUGCACUGAGUACUUACAUUUUGUUUCCGCUUUGAACAGGAAUGUCUCACAUCACACUCCCUUAAUUGCAUGCUACUAGUACGGUCACAAACAAGAUCGCAUAUUCCGCCUUUGCUUUCGCUCCGCUCUAGAAGCCCGGAGGAGAUCUUGGAGACCAAGAGGUUGUCUUUACCUUUCACAUACCAUCAUCUAUUGACAGUGGUGAUCAUGGUGAACCUCAGUUUGCUUUCUUAUGGCUCCGCCUUGUCCACAACUUGCCUUGCGCCUCCAAUCUUCUUCCUGGUGGCCAUCUUCUUCUUUGGUAUGAUGGAGGUGUCAGUUCAACUCUGGGAUCCCUUGAGCGACGAAUCAAGUUUGCCAGUGCAGAGACUUACCCAGGACUUAUGUGCUUCAGUAACUUGGACUUUGGCUAUUCUGAAUCUCUGAAGCCUACUUUUGGAAGGAAUCUAGAAGAAGUUGGCAUCCCCUUCGUCAUUCUUCCAGCGAUUGCAUUCACUGAAUUGGAUUGAUGGGUUCUCAUCGGUUUCACAGUUUCACCUCCCUAGAACUUACAGGAUGACCGGUGAGCCCAAUUUUCAGGAACGUCGAGAGUGAAGAACUCUGAAUCUAUCCACAAAAGUGGCCUCAACGAGGUAUGCCAAAAGAGGUUGUGUUGCCACCAGAAGAACGCCCGGAAGCCUUGUUGGCCCAAGAACACCCGGAAGCCUUGUUGGCCCAAUGUUACUGUGUUCCCCAACAAUGAGCAACGGAUCCCUGCCAUCCCCUUCCUCCAGGAGUUUCUUUGGUCCAUGCAUGCUCUCAUCUACUACGAGCACGAUGGGCCUGACGAGAAAUGGCAAAGUGAUUUGCGGGAGGAAUCCAGUGCGCCUUGUGCCUUCCUGCUCUGAGUUUGAUUGUCUCCAGAACUCCAUGGUACUACUAGGAAGGUGUUGAAAUUUGGCGGUGCCCGUUGAGGGCAUUCUUGGAUCAUCGCUCGAUGGACCAUCCUUUCGGAAUGCACUGGUGGAAGAGUCUUUUUUAACCGCAAAGACUGCGGUGAAAUUCCACUCGAGACGUCGCUCCAAAGUAUUUGAGUGAAUCACUGGUGCGAAAACGAUAGAAUGACGAUGUCGAUCCCAGUCCCUGGCUUCUGACCAGCUUGGUCAGCAUACGCUGUUUUCAGCUUCGGAAA